UGCACUAAAGAACUGUGGAAGGGGGACAACUCCAUUUGCAAGAUGGCGGCCCCCAUCAAAAUAAUAAAAAUAAUAUUUGUUUAUGGACAUUUUUGUCAAUUUCUGCACAUUUGCUUAGGUCAAGUUGAGCUUAAUGACCAAUUACUAGAAAAACGUAAAGAGGGAAUGUGGUUAGUUGAGUUCUAUGCUCCUUGGUGUGGACAUUGUAAGAAAUUGGAACCAAUUUAUCAUCAGGUUUAUUUGUCUUUGCGAAAUUCUGGAAUUAUAGUUGGUAAAAUAGACAGUACACGUUAUUCAAGUGUAGCAUCAGAAUUUGAUGUUCGAGGAUUUCCUACAAUAAAAUUUAUUAAUGGAGAAAAAGUUUACACACACAGGGGAGAUCGAUCAAAGGAAGACAUCAUAGAUUUUGCAACAAAAGCAAAAGGUCCAAGUGUUCGAAAGAUAACAAGCAGUGGCAGAUUUUCUGAAGCUAAGACAAAGCAUGCUUCAUCAGUUUUCUUUAUGUUUGUCGGAGACGAUGAUGCCAAUAAUGACUUAUUUAAAAAAUACAGUUCUUUAGCUGAAAAAAACAUAAUAGAUGGCUACUUUUAUUCUGGAUCCAUGAAUGCCUUACCUUCUAAUAUCAAGGCAACAGUCAACCCAACAGUUCUUGUAUUUAAAGACAAUUCUGAAUUUGAGUUCAAGGAAUCAAAUCCAGGAGUGGUAACUUAUGAAGAACUUGAAAAAUGGUUUAAUCAAGAGCGAUUCCCUGCAUUUCCAAAAGUUAUGGGAGGUGGCUUGAAUGAAAUGGCCAAUUCUGGGAAAUAUUUGGUUUUAACAAUAAUAAACUCUGAAGAUAAAUCAUUACAUGACCAGUGUGAAAAGUUGAAAAAUGUUGUCAGGGAAGUUGCAAGAAAUAAAAGAGAAAAAUUUCACAAUUCAUUCCAAUUUCUCUGGAUGCCGGAUGAAGAAACAGCAAAUAGUAUAACAAUGUCAUUUUUAGUGGUACCCACAGUAGUUGUACUGGAAACAUCAUCCCAUCUAUUUUACUUAUGGGAUAAAAAUAGUACACAACUCACAGUUAGUUCCCUUGAAAAGUUUUUAGAUGAAAUCGUGGAGGAAAAAAUAAUAGCGUAUGGGGGUUCAGGCUAUUUACAGAAAUUAAAGAGAAUAGGAUUUGAUUUUGUGACAACAGUUUUAAGUAUAUGGCAGGCAUCUAGAUGGUUAUUUUUGCUCAUGUUUGGAUUACCCACUGUAAUCAUAAGUAUAGUUUGUUACAGUUUAUGCUGCAUGGAAACUUUAGAUGACGGAGCAACUUCUGAAGAUGAUGAAGAAUAUGAUGAGGAUAUGAUCGAACCAAAUGAAUAUGUGGAGGAUGAUAGCCCAAGACCAGUUGCCCAUGAGAAAAGUGAAUAAAUGAUUGAUCGGAGUAAAUGAUGUGAAUUUUCAGAAGUGGUGAACUUUUUAUAUUCCAGUUCCUUAUUUAUAAACUAUUCAAAUUAACACUGUCUCUUGACCAAAAGUGCGUGUUACUGUGUUGUAUCUCUUUCUAAUUUUAUUUUGAUGUUCUUUUUGAUGUACUGUUUAAUAUAUACGAAGUUCAAAAUUGUUAUAUAUGAUAUUUGACAAAAUAAGCAGUCCCCUGCUGGUUUCUCAUGGAACUCCCCCAUGCUGCUCAUAAUAAUUUGUUUGCCUGAUUUUUCUGGUAGGUCCCUUGUAAAGGUAAAGUUUACUGUAUGUGUGAUGUAAUAGGAAAGUAAUAUCCACAUCAUUUUGUUAAUUCAUAUUUGAAUCACUCCCUGCAAUUUGGGUGCAGCAAAAUGCAAUUUAAAAAAAGCCCUUUGGAUUUUGUUUUGUUUGAUUUCACUGUAUUCAGCAUCUUCCUUUUGAACAAUAUUUUAAGCUCCUGGGUGCUUAAUACAUUAAAUAUGUAGAUAAGAUUAAAUAUAUUGUUUGGUUAAACAAGCAUUAUGCAAGCGCUAAAUCUGCCUAUUGCAGGUCUUUCUUUAGGCCUGGAAUGUUUUCUAAAGUAUUAAUUAGACAUUAAUUAACUGAUCCAGGCCUUAAUCAACUCUCGAUGGCAUCAGAUUUCUCCGACAUUAAAUAGAUUCAGCGAUACUUUGAUUUAAUCAAAUAUGGAGGACCGAGACUUAGCUUCGAUCAACCAGUACGGUGGUUGAAAUUAUUGCACACGUCUGUCAAACCUUCAAAGGCUAAUAUCUUCGCUUGCAAUAGAGUAAUUUGAAUGAAAUUUUCAAAUUAUUCAUUUUACAUCAUCUACUUUCGAACUAUCAUAGCAAGAAUGGCUAGUUCUUUAUCUAGAUCUUAUAUAAUGUAUCUUUAAGCAAGGCAUUAAAUAUAUUUUUUGGUUAAGCUUUAGCAUUUCAUUUUAUAAACCAUUUAUAAUUGACAUAAUUUUUAAAAAUAGUCCAUACAAAUUUCUACGCAUUAAUCAAUAUAAAGUUGACACCUUUUGUCCCAAUACCUCAGUCUAGGGAUUCAUUUACCCCUAUAAUUACCCAUGUCAUUGUAAUUUUUUAAUAUUAUAUUUUUAUUAAUUUGUUAUAAUUGUUGUUAUAUAUUUCUGAAUGGUGUGAAUGUCAUUAAAUUUUUAUGCUUAUUACUAGUUCUAUAUGAGGUAAGACUAAGAGGAAUACCUUGACUAAGCUUAUAGAUGUCCAAGAAUAUUUAAGUCAUCACAUACUGAUUAUACUGUGUACUAUUAUAUUUUUAUUCUCUGUGAGUUGUAGGUAAAAUAUUUGUAUUCCACUACACUGUGGGAUGUAUAUUAGAUUUGUUAAUUUACACCUUUAAAUAUUGUAUAUCACAGGGUGUGGUUUAUGUGUGUAACAUGUUUAUUGGAGUACAGAUAGUGCACAUAAGAAUAUGGGUGCAUACUGACCCUGAUUGUUAAAAAGAUAAGGAACUUGUAUUUACAUUAUUAACUAACUUGUCAUCCAUACCCCUUGUGCAGAUUAGCCUAUAAGUCAAGGUAAUUUAGCCUUUUGUGAGGGAAUAUUUGUGAUUGUAGGAAAAUGGCUUGUCAGGACUUGGUUCCCUGAAUUCAGUAGAUAUAUACAGGACUCAAUUCCAUAGAAUUUAAUUACUAGUAAGUUGUUGUAUCAGUUUGUAUCAUUAGUUAAUCAAUUAUUAUCAACUUUUAAUAAGUUAAUAUUAUCAAUAGUUGUGGUAUGAUGAUUAAUGCACAAAUAGUAGAUCAUUCCUAUAACAUUUUUCACAUUAAUUAGUUUAGCCCAUCUUCAAGGUAAUAAUUGACAAAAAAACUAACUAGUGUUUUUGCCAUCUAGGCCGACCCUUGCAUUAAAUGUUCUUCAAAAAAAAAUUUGAUAUUUAAGUGGUUUAUUUUCUAUAUUCAUGUAUGUCUUAUUUUGUGUUUUGUAGAGUUGUUAGGCUUUAUUGCCUACUAGAUGAAAUAUUAUAAUUCCAUUUCUUGGUGAUGAAUGUUUAAAGAUAUGAAUACCAGUACAUAAUAUAAUAUAGAUCCGACUUUAGAUAUUUUUUAUGAAACAUCCAAAUUGUAGAUUUUCUCACCCAUUUUUGCAAUGCAGUUUUUGAACAAAAUAAUCACUUUAAUUUUUUGUAUGAAAGUAUUGUGUGCUAUAUUAUAUUUCGAAAAAAGUUUACUGGUAUUGUAAUUUUUUUGCUAUAAAAAAUUUC